UAGAAAAAAGAGAUCCCAAAUUAGAAUCUCUCCCAAAUUUAAAAAAAAAAAAAACUUUGAGAAAUUGUAUUGUAUUAUUAUUUAGAAGAAAAAAGAGUGGAGUUGAGAUCCAAACACCAUUUGCUUCUCCAAAAUGGCUCCAAAAUCCGAUACCCAUUCUUCCGUCACCGGCGCCGGCGACUCUUCUUCGUCCUCCUCUAUAGAUCCCCUCUUUCACGCACUCCGUCUGAUCCCGUACAGUUUUCUCCGGACACCGCGUCUCCGCCUGAAGCUUCCCACCUUGACCUUACCUUCUCCCAUGACAGUCUACGCCGUAGUCCUUCUGACUUACUUUAUGGUGGUCUCGGGCAUCGUGUACGACGUCAUUGUGGAGCCCCCAGGGAUCGGAUCGACCCAGGACAGAGCCACAGGGGCAGUCCGACCCGUGGUGUUCCUCCCUGGGCGAGUGAACGGGCAGUACAUAAUCGAGGGUUUGUCUUCGGGUUUCAUGUUUGUGCUGGGUGGAGUGGGGAUUGUGUUCAUGGAUCUCUCCCUCGAUCGCAAUCGAGCGAAGAGCGUGAAGGUCUCGUAUGCCUCAGCCGGGAUCUCCUCACUCGUCAUUGCUUAUAUCAUGAGUAUGCUCUUUAUUCGCAUCAAAAUUCCUGCUUAUCUUAGUUAAGAUUUUUCUAUGUUAAUGGCCAAUUAUGAAACUGUCAUUUGAAUCGAAUCCUUAGUAUAGAGUUGUUGAUUUUGAACUCAUGCGAUGUUAUUACUAGGACUUAAAUUAUGUGCUCACAAUUUUUGUAUGAGUUUCAUCAAUUGAUACUUAAGUUUUUCUACAUUCAGCUCAUGGGUUUCUUCUAAAUUGGAUUCUUGAACUAAAUUUCUUAUAA